AUGGUAGCUCUAGACAACGUAGGGACUCAGUUGCCAAACGAUGCAUUCAAGGAUUUGACAUCCCAGUGCAUAUCAUUGCUUGAAGCAGCCGUGGCAAGGUCGGAAUCCAGAUUUGUAAUUAGAUUAAUGCGACAUUACAAAAGUUUAAGAAGUUUACUCAAGGCACAUCCGGCAAGUUCAGUCCCAUUUCUUAGGUCACUCCUGAAGGAAUAUGCUUUCGGUGCAAAUCCCUGCCCAGUUGCAGAAAAGGCCUAUAAUUUUCUUCCUUCGGAUUUAUUGCCUCCGAUCUUUUCAGAACCUGAAUCUUCCGCGAAAUCCGCCGAUGUUUCUGACACAACAAAACCACAGUUCGAUCUUCCAAAAUUUCACUACACAACGUCGACAUACUUGGAGAUCCAGGAGUAUGUUUCACAAGAUUCUCAACUCACUGAGACCAAAGUCAUGCUUUCAACCCUUGCUCUGAUUUAUUUGAUUGAUACGAGGCACUAUGACAAGGCGAUGGAUUUGGCAGAUUCACUUGCCCAUUUAAUGUUAAGUUUGAACAGGAGAAUUAUGGACUACCUAGGAGCUAAGGUCUACUUCUAUUACUCUAGAAGCUUUGAGCUUGGAGGAAGGUUUAAGGAUGCCAGGAAACUUUUGAUUGUUUCACACAGAAAAGCAUGUCUACACCACGACCCAAUGACACAGGCAGUAACAUUUAACUGUAUACUGAGGAACCUGAUUCACCACAAGCUGUACUCGUCAGCUUUCAAAUUCAUAUGCAAGACCACGUUCCCGGAAUACCUAAGCUCAAAUGCUCAGUACGCAAGAUACCUCUACUACUACGGAAAAGUACUUUCAGUUCAACUUGAGUAUAGUGAGGCCUACACCAAGUUGGUUCAAUCGCUGAGGAAAGCACCUCAGAACGAUAAAACUGCAUACGGAUUCAAGUUAUUGGCAACAAAAAUGUCUGUAAUCGUCGGUCUCUUGAUGUGUGAUAUUCCAAGCAAGAGUGUGUUCACAAACCCAUCCAUGAGGAGAGACCUGACUCCAUACGAAUCAAUUGUAGUUGCUGUUCGGAACGGUGAUUUAAGUGUAUUUUUGCAGCUGUGCGAUAAAUAUGCACGCUGCUUUGUGAAGGAUGACACGAUGUUCCUGAUAUCAAGGCUAAGAGACAAUGUAAUUAAGGGAGGACUAAGGAAAAUCAACCUGGCAUACUCUAAAAUUAAUUUGGCAAAUGUAGCUCACAAACUAGGACUAAAAUCAGUCGAACACACAGAAAACAUAAUUGCAAAGGCAAUACAUGAUGGAAUUAUAGAAGCUGUUAUAGACCAUGAAAAUCAAUGUGUUAAUUCAAAGGUUAAUGUAGACUUGUAUAAAAGUUAUGAACCAAUGAGAGCUUUUCAUAAAAGAAUACAGUUCUGUUUGAAACUCCAUUCAAACGCAAUCCAGGCAAUGAGAUAUCCAGAAGAUCCAGAAGUCACAAAGGAAACUAAAACAACCUCGAACCCCGAUAAAGAUCAGUUGGAAUCUCUGGACUACGACAAUGAGUUGGGAGAUGGAGGAUAUAUUUAGAUAAUGUGUUUC